AUGCAGCGACAGCAGCAGCAGCAGCAGUACCAUGAGCAAAAGCAGCAACACCAGCAGCAACUGGAACAGCACGAGAAGCAGCAGCAGCAGCAGCAACACCAUCAUCAUCAGCAGCAGCAGCAGCAGCUGCUGCUGCUGCAAGUUCACCAGCAGCAGCAACAACAGCAACAGCAGCUGCAGCAGCAAGUGCAGCAACAGCAGCAGCAGCAGCAUCAGCAGCAUCAUCGUCAUCAGCAGCAUCACCAUCCUCCUCAGCAGCAGCAACAUCAGCAGCAUCAGCAGCAUCAUCAGCAGCAGCAACAUCAGCAGCAUCAGCAGCAGCAGCAACAGCAACAGCAGCAGCAGCAGCAGCAGCAGCAGCAGCAUGCAUGCAUGCAUACGGAUUCAACUUGUUGUUUGUCUAUAUUGAGGUGUCUGUACAGCUCAGCCGGCUUAAAGCUUUUCUUAAGAGGCAAAUUACCCACAAACAAUCAGCAGCAACAGCAACAGCAGCAGCAGCAGCAGCAGCAGCAGCAACAGCAACAACAACAGCAGAUGCAGCGACAGCAGCAGCAGCAGCAGUACCAUGAGCAACAGCAGCAACACCAGCAGCAACAGGAACAGCACGAGAAGCAGCAGCAGCAGCAACACCAUCAUCAUCAGCAGCAGCAGCAGCACCAGCAGCAGCUGCACCAGCAGCAGCAGCUGCUGCAAGUGCACCAGCAGCAGCAACAACAGCAACAGCAGCUGCAGCAGCAAGUGCAGCAACAGCAGCAGCAGCAGCAAUGCUGCUGA